GAACGAAAAAAGCUGAAAGGGAGUAUCAGUAUCAGCCACAAGGUGGAACCACUAUGGCCCUCAGUAACCCUCUCUGGCAGAAGACACUGGCAUUUUUGCCCUGCAUAAGAGGUGGUUUGGGUGCUGCUGAAGGUCACAGUCUCAAUUUGUCUGGUGUUUGCAGAAGAGAUGUCUGCAAAGUAGUAGAAGAUCAAAUUGGUGCCUGCCGAAGAAGGAUGAAGUGCUGUAGAGCAUGGUGGAUUUUAACGCCAAUUCCAACACCACUUAUCAUGUCAGAUUAUCAAGAACCCCUUAAACCUAAGUUGAAAUGAAACUGAUGUAAAAUAAAAAUACAUCAAAAGUGAAGUUAUUUGCAUCUAAGAAUAUUGAAAUAUACAUAUUAAGUACUUCCAUCUUGAUAACCAUCUUGUGUUUUCA